UCCUCCUCCUCCUCUUCGGAAACGGGAUGUGAUGUAAAUACACACCAACUUUUUUUUUUUUGUUCCUCUCUCUCUGGAGUGUGCAGAUCUUCUUCUUCCAGCACAUUGUUGGUGGAAAACUAGCAGCAGAAGGUAUAAGAGAAGAGAAGCGAGGCAGACAGUAAACCCUCAGACAGAUCAAAAGUCACCGUUAGUUUUCUCCACCAUGAUCCUGUGAGCUCCGACAGUCUGCCUCCGACAACCGACUCACGACCUGCCGGACUGGACUCCGAGAAAAACGGAUCCAACCGGAGAGAAGCUCGCUGCUGUUGUGGAUCCGGAGGGAAACCGCGGACAGAGAUGUAGCGUGUGUGUUGUUGUGAUCGGCGGACCAUCAUGCACCUCUUCCUGCUGCUGAUCCUUCAAGCCACAGCAGCCUUGGGACAGAUCGACCCCGCACACUGUCGCUAUGCCUUGGGCAUGGAGGAUAGACGGAUUAAAGACGAUGACAUCACAGCAUCCAGCCAAUGGUAUGAGACCACAGGACCACAGUACGCCAGGUUGAAUCGUGAGGAGGGAGAUGGCGCCUGGUGUCCUGAGGGACAGCUGGAGCCUUCAGACAGUCAGUACCUGCAGGUGGAUCUGGGCAGGCUGACCUUCCUCACAGUCGUCGGGACUCAGGGACGAUACGCCAGGAACUCUGGGAACGAGUUUGCCCGAGCUUACCGCCUCAACUACAGCAGGGACGGCCUGCUGUGGAAGUCCUGGAAGAACCGGCUGGGAAAUGCUGUGAUGGAGGGCAACAAAAACGCCUACACCUCAGUCAUCAACGACCUUCACCCUCCGAUCAUCACCCGCUACGUCCGGCUGAUCCCGGUCACCAAACUGUCGACCACCGUCUGCAUGAGAGUGGAGCUUUACGGCUGUCCAUGGGAGGACGGUCUGAUCUCCUACAGCGCUCCGGAGGGUCAGCUCAUGAUGCCGCCUGGUUAUCCCAUCGCCAGCCUCAAUGACUCCACCUAUGACGGAGUUCAUGAGAGAAGGAGGCUGUUCGGGGGGAUGGGUCAGCUGACAGACGGUGUGAUCGGCCAGGACGACUUCCUGGUGACGCGUCAGUACCACGUGUGGCCGGGCUAUGACUACCUGGGCUGGAGGAACGACUCGCUGGGAACUCAGGGAUACGUGGAGAUGGAGUUUGUCUUCGACAGGCAGAGGAACUUCACCUCCCUGAAGGUUCACAGUAACAACAUGUUCUCCCGCGGUGUGAAGAUCUUCUCCUCUGUCUCCUGUUGGUUUAAGCCCCGCCUCAUCGCAGGCUGGGAGGCGGAGUCUGUGGCGUUCAAGACGGUGCUGGAUGACAGAAAUCCGAGCGCCCGCUACGUCACUGUGCCGCUCAACCGUCGCACCGCCAAAUCCAUCCGCUGUCGCUUUUACUUCGCUGACGUCUGGAUGAUGUUCAGUGAGAUCUCCUUUCAGUCAGAGGACACUGUCCUCCCUACCCAGAUUACCUUGGAGGUGACCUCUACUCCAGUCACCGAGGAGGGCACCAUGGCAACCACACCAAAGACAGUCAAUGCGUCAACAAGUGACCCGCCAGAUGACGGUAACACGCCCAUUCUGAUUGGCUGCCUGGUGACCAUCAUUCUGCUGUUGGUCAUCAUCAUCUUCCUCAUCCUCUGGUGCCAGUACGUUUGCAAGGUGCUGGAGAAGGCUCCACGUCGGAUCCUUGACGAGGAGGUGACAGUUCGGCUGUCAUCCUGCAGUGACACCAUCAUCCUCCAGACCCCCCCUGUUCCCCCCCGCUCCGGCCACGGCCCUACAGUCCCCGCCAACACUGACCCUCACUAUGAGAGAGUUUUCCUGUUGGACCCACAGUACCAGAACCCGGCAGUGCUCAGAAACAAGUUGCCAGAGCUGUCCCAGAGUGCAGAGGCCUCAGUAUUUCUCUCUUUUACCUCCCAGCCCUCUCUGUCUCUGUCUAUGUUUCCUCCUCCUCUUCCUCCAGCUCUCCUCCUCGGUAAUCCUCUCUAUGACCUCCUCCUGCUGACUUCCUGUCACAUGACGUCAGGCUGGCUGCGUGCAUGUGGAGGAGGCUACGCCGAGCCUGACGUCACCCAGUGCACUCCGCACCAGUGUUUCCAUAGCAACGCGCCGCACUACGCUGAAACGGACAUCGUGCGGUUGCAGGGCGUCACCGGCAGCAACAUGUAUGCCGUCCCUGCCCUCACCGUGGACUCUCUCACCAGAAAGGACAUCUCUGCCGCCGAGUUCCCACGGCAACAGCUGAUCUUCAGAGAGAAACUGGGGGAGGGGCAGUUUGGAGAGGUCCACCUGUGUGAGGCCGAGGGACUCCCAGAAUUCCUUGGGGAGGGGUCACCUCUCCCUGACAGGGAUGGACGUUCGGUACUGGUGGCUGUUAAACAGCUGAGGGCCGAUGCUACCAGCCAAGCCAGGAACGACUUCCUGAAGGAAAUAAAGAUCAUGUCUCGUCUAAACGACCCCAACAUCAUCCGGCUGCUGUGCGUGUGCGUGUCUUCUGACCCGCUGUGCAUGGUGACCGAAUACAUGGAGAACGGAGACCUCAACAUGUUCCUUUCACAGCGGGAGAUCGAGAGCACGCUGACACAUGCCAACAACAUCCCUUCAGUCAGUCUGUCCGACCUCCUCCACAUGUCGGUGCAGAUCUCGUCGGGGAUGAAGUACCUGGCGUCUCUGAACUUUGUGCACCGCGACCUGGCCACCAGGAAUUGCCUGCUGGACCGGCGCCUCACCAUUAAGAUUGCCGACUUUGGGAUGAGCCGAAACCUGUACAGCAGUGACUACUACCGCAUCCAGGGCCGGGCAGUGCUGCCCAUACGAUGGAUGGCCUGGGAGAGCAUCCUGCUGGGUAAGUUCACCACAGCCAGUGACGUGUGGGCGUUUGGUGUCACCCUGUGGGAGAUCUUCACUCUGUGUAAGGAGCAGCCCUACAGUCUGCUGUCCGACGAACAGGUCAUAGAGAACACUGGCGAGUUCUUCAGGAACCAGGGCAGACAGAUCUUCCUUUAUGCCCCUCCACUCUGCCCACCUUCUCUCUUCGAGCUGAUGAUGCGUUGUUGGAGUCGCGACAUACCCGACCGGCCCACCUUCGAGGGACUUUACCAAGCCCUUAGGCCACAUGUCAACCAGUGAGCCAAGGCCACUGGGAUGUAUCACUCUGGCUUUCCUCAAUAGGGGGUUUGUCCAUCUCUGGACUCCUGUAAGAUGACAGACUGACAUGAGAAGACUGGAAAUGCGUUACAAGAGUAAGUCGCUGUCAGAGAGAAUGAAGAAACUGGCAGAGUUGUGGUCUGAAGGUUGGUUUGCUUUUGGCUCGAUUCUGAGAGACGAGAUGGAGAUGGAAGGGGGAAAGGCUGGUCAACUCAGAGGAGAAACCUUUUGCGAAAUCUAAACCUUGCAGUCUUUAGUGAACAAAGAUUUCUAUGCUUUUUAAAGAUUUCUAUCAUUGCUGAUUUCAUAGUUUCAUCCAUCUCUUAAAAGCUCCUUUGACCAAAACGUCUUAUCUGACCUUUUGACAUAUCUGUUUUUCAUGUUGUUAAGGUGCCAACGGUGCUGUAAACUUCAUUUUCUCCCUCACUUGGUCUUUUUAAAGAUGCCAUAAACUGGACAGCCUCUUCAGUCUUGGUAGUUUAUUCUGUCCCUGUGGUUUUUAUUAUUAUUGUAAAGCACUGUCUGUGUCUCUCAGUUAUUCGUGUUCAUAUAUUAACCCACACUGGAGCUAGGGCUAGGGUCAAAUUGUAGUUUAGUUUUAUUUUUAGAUUUUUAUUCUAUUUUAUUUUUCUUGUUUUACAGUAUUUGACUUUCGUUGGUCUUUUUUGUUGAUAUGAAUGUUGUUCAGCUGAGGUUCACAUUACAGUGCCAAGAGGCUGCGUUAAAACCUGUGUGGUUCACUGACUAAAAAUCAGUCAGUGGGUAACUGUGGGUAAUUAAGAAAAGAAUCUCGAUUGGAGGCAGAUUGAAACCAGAUAAGAAGAAAAGGACUUUGUUGCUAAAGAGAAAUAAAAAGUGUAAGUGAUAAAACAGUCACAUGGUUUUAUCAAAUUUAACUAAUCUGCCUGAAUGGACUUGGUCAAACAUUAUGCCAUUAUCAUCUGCCAGUUGUUGGAAGCUUUUAUUCAAAGUGCCUUACAUUUGUAGCAUGAGUGUUAACUGUGGGAAUUAAGCCAACAUGAACAACAUGGGUACUGCUAUCGGAGAGAGUAGUAAUCUAAUGCAAGAAUUUAAUUUCAAGGUAUGACUUUAACUGUGUCUGUGUUUGUGCUGGGGCCUAUAAAAUGUAUGUGUAUGUGUGUUGGAGCCCAUACGUCUGUAGGUGUAUAUUCCUUAUCUCCAUUAGUCCUUUUCUGCCUUGAUGGAGCUAGUUGUAGUUUGGUCUCUUUUGUUUAUGCUUCCAAAGAUUAGCCAGCUAGCCAUAAAGCAUUAAGAUUUGGAGUCAGUAAUUUCAUUACUAGAAUACAACAACAAUUAGAACAAGCCACACUGUUCAAAAUUGAGAUCGAAAUAAUUACCAAACAGAAAUGGGGCCUUAGCAUUUUGGCAAAGCAACAACUUGUUGUGUUGUAGGUAGGCUUGGCUCAGUUCUAAAGACAGUGUUAUGUUAGACGAGGUUCGCUUAGGUUUAAGGAUAUAUGCAAGCUAACUAUCUUCAUUGGUUUAACUAUCUAUCUAGCAAAGUACUUUUUAUGUUAACUUUAAACCAGGUUUGGCUCCAGUCCCAAAAGGUUGGAGUUGUUGGCUGGCUUUCUGUGCAGCUAACUACACUAUUGCCUAAUUUGUCUUGUUUUGUCAUUGCUCAGUUUGACAGUGUUGUGACAGUGAUAAGAUUGGGUCUGGUAUGAUUUUAAAGACAUGCUACAGCAGGCAAUCAGACCACAUCGAAGUAAAAUUUCAGCAAGUGGAGACAAGACAGAACACCUACAUUUUGGGCCAUGCAUAGCAGAGCAGAACUACUGUGUUAGAAUGGGACCCUCUGAGCUGAGGGCCAAUGAGCCACUAGAGACUGAGAAGGAUAAGCAGAAACACCUUGAACAGAUGAAACCAUGAGACAAGUCCCGCCUCUCACACCAAAUACACUGCCAUUAGAGGCUGCAGGGAACAGGUAAAAAGAGUUUUCUUUACAGAACUAACACAGGAUAGAUGCAGCACAGAACAAAAUGAAUAGAGGGCUGUGGACUUUACAGUGGCGACUUCUAGAAAACUUAACUAGGGAUGUCCCAAUUAAGUUAUUUUGCCCACGAUCUCGCUCCACGUAAUGUUAAGAACCUGUCGAGACCAAGUUCUGAUCCGACUUGUAUUUUCCGAGAUAAUACAGUUGCACACAGUGUCCACUUCAAGUUCAUUCAAGUUAUUAAAAUCAAUCCACUGCAUAUGCUUGACAAUUAAAUAGCUCUGUAAUGCAUUAAAAAAAAUUGUCAGCAUCCAAUUAAUUGAAUUAAUUCAGUGGUUUACAUUUGUUUGUUUGUUUACAAAAUAACCAAGUAACAAAACUAAAAGAAGUCUUUAUAAAUAGCUCUUAUCAUUCAACUGUUUGCUGCAUUGUAGUAAUAGUAGAACACUCAAAAGGAGUAAUAUAAUCACAACAAAACAAAGUAGCCAAACGAGGCAUCGGUUGACGAGCAACUCCCGUGUUCUGAGCCUGUCCGUGACAAAAACAAGCACUUUCAGUGGAUGUACUUUGAUUGGCACAAUUGCCCCAAGGAUUACAUUGUGGUCACAGCAGACAGGCUUUGUGGCUGCCACAUUUUAUGUCCCAUUCUCUUUAUGUUUUAGUCACUCAGUUAUAUGCACUACCUGGGUGCAAUUUCAAAUCUUAUCCUCUCUAAAAUGUAAAAUGGCGCAAGUACAAAUCACCAUCACCUUCACAGGAAAGAGGGAUGAAGACCAAAUAUGUUAAAUUUGUUGUUAAGUGUUUUUGGUGUUACAGUAGUGUUUUGUUAUCUGUACUGUAUCUUAACACUUCUAUGAGUGUGUAUGUGUGUGUUUAAGAGAAAAUGAGUUUUGUGAAUGAGUGUUUUUAACAUUCCUUUGAGCACCGGGAGCUAGUUGGGAUUAAAGUGGUUAACCAGAUUUGCUCUGUUGUGCCAAAUUAUGUGAUUAAAGGGGGGGGGCGAUUUUUUAUAUUUUUUUUAAGCAAGAAGAAAAGGACAGAAAGUAAGGAAACCACUAAACUCAAUCUUCCAGAGUGCUUUGCUACAGUGAGCCUGUGUUUUUUGUUCUGGUUCCAUUAGAGAGAUAGACAAGACUUUUAGUUUGAUAGUGUACAGUAUAAGUGAUCUAUAAUAUCUCAGUGUGUGAAUGCAGAUUAGGUGUGAUAAUUGUUAUUGAUAAUUGGUUAUCUAUCAGAAUUUAUAGUAGCUAUUUCUCUGAUUAUUUCUAUUCUGGGAAGGUGUUGGUUUUUUUUCUUUUGUUUCCAACAGGAAUGCAGCAGUUUUGAACAUUUCUAACAGAGAUGUCCUGUUUCAGACAUGUAUUGUACAUAGGCUAGUAGCUGUGUAUAUUAAUAUAUUGGGAGUUGGGAACUUUGUGUUCUGUCGUCCCAAGUAAUUUUCAUUCUGUACCCUCUCAUGUCUUGGUUUGAUUUUCUUAUAAUAAACAGUCAACUUUGUCAAACAGAA